AUCAGCCAACUCUAAAGCCGUCCUUGAUCAGCUAGCUCGAGGGUACAGCGCGAAAGAGGCGCUCCAUUUUCCUUCGCCAUGGCCACCGCGUCGAAUUCCAGAAUUGCAGCACCGCAAUGGGUCAACUCCAUCUAUGCCCAGUUUCCGUUGGUGACCCUUGAGCAGGAAGAUGUUCUCGACUGGAGGCAAGACGCCGCUCGAAGCGCCAGCAACGCCGUUUACAGUCUCUGGAUCAGUGCUCCAAUUGCUGAGGACCAUCCUCAUCAGCGGCCUUGGGCCUCCGGCUGCCCUGUUGCUCUCCGAGUGCAGCUCUUAUUCUUGCUUCGGGGAGUUAAUGUCGACAGCCGUGUGUGGGCCAACGUAGCGGCCGCCCCGUCAGGGAAGCUUCCUGCUCUUCAUCUUUUACGUGAGAACCGCCUCGUAGCUGCAGACGAUAUUCGAAGUUGGCUCGAUGCUCAGCAUCCUCUCAAAGGGCCGACAGCUUCUCUUCACGGAAUGCCUACACAGGCCGCGUACGACAAUGCACUGGCCACUGCCCAGCUGGUGCUAGUCCGUUUGUGGCCAGCAUACAUCGUGUCCAUGUCUGGCGAUUCGCGGGAAAUCGCUCUCAUGAUUCCCGGUCCCCCACCGCUGUCCGCGGGCUUGACGACUCCCCUCCCUGCGUCGUUUACAGGGGACGAGCGGUUUAUUGAUGAGGAUGAGCUAGUAGAGGCUGGCAUUGAGGCACUCGAGGCGCUCCGGAUCAAGCUAGGGGGUCGUACGGGUUCGCCCUGGGCGCAUGGGGCGUCGUCACCGACUCCGCUCGACGCUCUCUUAGCGUCCCAUCUCUAUUGCAUCUACGGCCUACCGGCGUCAUCGGCUCUCCGUGUUAAACUGGAACAAUGCUCGGAGCUCGGUGACUAUGUAGACUCGGUUCUCGACUUCGCCGACAAGAGGUAAACGGUAACGGAGACCCGACUCGUUCAUCAGAUCAUUUCCUAGAUUCAGUGGUGCAUUGCAUGACAGUCCCAUGUAAACAUGGCAUGGGUAGUUCAAAGGUUGUCAUGAUUCCACCUCUCUUUCUCAUCAAAACGGCUUGAUUCACACAUAUAUUCAAUCGCACGGAAGGCACGUGAAUCGCUCACGAGUUGGACAGGACGAUUGGGCAUGAAUGCUGUAUUCACAAUGCUGAUGGUCUAAAAUCGC